GAAACUUCCGCCCGCGCCCAAGAUGGCGGCGCGGCGGCGCCGUGCGCAUGUGCGGGGCCCAUGGCGAGACAAGGGGCCGAAGGCGCGCAGGGCCCGAGGCCGAGAGGGCUCUGAAGGCCACGUGGCUGCUCCACUCCCGCCCCACUGAUGCCCGAGGGAGCCGAGCCAUGAAGGGGCAGCAAAAAGCAGCCGAGACCGAGGAGGGGACGGUGCAGAUCCAGGAAGGCUCGGUGGCCACAGGUGAGGACCCCACCAGCGUGGCCAUCGCCAGCAUCCAAUCGGCCGCCACCUUCCCCGACCCCGGCGUCAAGUAUGUGUUCAGGACCGAGGGCGGCGGCACGCAGGUGAUGUACCGGGUGAUCCAGGUGGCUGACGGGCAGCUGGACGCGCAGACCGAGGGCACCAGCGCCAUCAGCGGCUACCCGGCCACGCAGUCCAUGACACAGGCGGUGAUCCAGGGCGCGUUCACGAGCGAGGAGGCGGUGGAGACGGAGGCGGCGCCCACCGAGGCGCACUACACCUACUUCCCCGCCGCGGGCGUGGCCGACGGCGCCGCCGCCACCGCCGCCACCGCCGCCACCGCCGUCGUCACCACCCAGAGCUCCGAGGCGCUGCUCGGCCAGCCCACGCCCACAGGGCAGUUUUUCGUGAUGAUGUCACCGCAGGAGGUGCUCCGGGGGGGGGCCCAGCGCUCCAUCGCCCCCCGCGCACACCCCUACUCCCCGAAGUCGGAGGCUCCCCGAGCCACGCGGGACGAGAAGCGCCGGGCACAGCACAACGAAGUGGAGCGCCGGCGCCGGGACAAGAUCAACAACUGGAUCGUGCAGCUGUCCAAGAUCAUCCCGGACUGCUCCAUGGAGAACACCAAGUCCGGACAGAGCAAGGGCGGGAUCCUGUCCAAGGCCUGCGACUACAUCCAGGAGCUGCGGCAGAGCAACCUGCGGCUGAGCGAGGAGCUGCAGGGCCUGGACCAGCUGCAGAUGGACAACGAGGUCCUGCGGCAGCAGGUGGAGGAGCUGAAGAACAAGAACCUGCUGCUGCGGGCGCAGCUGCGCCAGCACGGGCUGGAGAUCGUCAUCAAGAACGACAGCCACUGACCCCAAAAA